UCAUUACGGCUUGAUCGACCAACAUCAGCUAUGGCACAGUGCUCUGGUGAUGCAUCAAUGCUGUUGGCGUGACCAAUGGCAAGGGCAGAUCUGCUGGCGCAGCUAAGGGCGCACGACUUGCCGCAGGAGGCUUGCGAGAUUGCCUUGAAGCGCUUUGAUGAUGCAGAUUCUGCCUUGGACUUUCUUUUGGACUCAGAUGAGGGGCAGGGACUCUGUGCACAGGCCUCUCUACAUCAGUGCGUCUCUGAGGUGGAAGGCGCCCUGCAGCGUCAGAGCCAGCUGCAGCAGCUGCUGCAGCAGAGAGCCUCGGUGAAUGAGGCCUUGCGACAUAGUCAUGGCGAUUCGCCGCUGAUGCUGGCAGUGCGCGCUGCAGGCAACACCCAGCUGCCGCAGCGUCUGCUCUUGGUUCACGAGUUGCUGCUGCUCCGUGCCACGCCCAAUGCGGCGGACCAGGAGGGCGAGACCACGCUGAUGGAGGCCGUCUGUAUGGGUGAUGUCGCCUUGUGCCGUCUCUUGUUGGAUGCCCGCGCUGAUGUGGCGCAACGCAGCCGUGCCGGGUCAACGGCACAGGACUUCUGCAGCAAUGUGGAAGUUUCACAGCUGAUUGCACGAUGGACGCAGGCGAGCGAACCUACCAGCGAGCCCACUCAAGGGCCACAAAUUUUCGCAAUGGAUGCGGAUGAUUCUCCAAGGGCAAGUGAUGAGGAGCGAUCCGAGAAGGAACGUUUGGGAAGGAAGCUCCCCUUUCAACGCUUUGUUGGUCACCCGCUUCAUCCAGAUGCCCAGGAGGACCAGAACGGUCAGGACGGCCACGAAGACCACAACGGCCAGAACGUCCAGGACGACCAGAACGGUCAGGACGGCCACGAAGAGGAGCUGUUGCGACUGGCGCAAGAUGAAGGCACGCAGCUGUCACUUUCCUCCCUGGCAGAGUUGCUCGAAACGAAAGUGGUCGAUCCCAACUGCCACAACGCGGCACAGGAAGCAGCUCUGCUGUUGGCGGUCCGAUCGGCUGCAGCCAAAGGCCCAAACUCCAACGGUCAGCGCUUGGCCCUGGUGCGUUUGUUACUUCAGCACCUGGCGGAUCCGAACAUCCGAGAUCAGCAAGGAGAAACUCCCUUGAUGGAGGCAUCCUGUUUCGGAGAUCUUCCUCAGUGCCUUUUGCUGCUGGAGUUUCGUGCAUCUCUGACGAUGACCAGCACCAGUGGUGCCACGGCGCUCCAAUUCGCGCAGGACCAUGACGAUGUACGCAGGUGCUUUGAAGCCCUCACAUCAUCGCAGAGUAGCACAUCGGGGCAACAUGAAGAGAUGGAGAAGACAGAGGAGCCUGAGUUUCCAGAGUGGCUGGCAGGAUCCGAGUCGCCAUACGACGCCAGCUCUGCGGCGUCUCCGCGGCGUCCGCCGUUGCGUGUGGCGCGGUGGUCGUUGCACGAGCUCGCGGCGGUGCAGAACGCCACAGCCAUCCGAGAGCUGCUGGAGACGUCUGAGGGCUGUCAUCAAAUCAACACGCUUGACAUGGACGGCUAUAGCCCACUGCAUUUGACACUGCUGUCCCCACCCACCGAAGAUCAGCUCCCAACCAUCCGCUGCCUCCUUGCUGCGCGCGCGCACGUUGACGAAAAGCUCUUGCCGCUGGCGGCGCAGGUGCCGGAGGGCCUGGAUGUGCUACGUUCUCUCCUGGCCGCCACUGGCACCGGGGCCAAUGAAGAUGACGCGGCGCUGCUGCGGCGGCUGCAGCAGCCGGAGCCGACGGCGUCGGCGUCGACAGCUUCGGCGUCGACGAAGCGAGAGGAAAGGACGCAGGUGGACAUGUUUAGCGAAGGGGACGUGGAUUUGGAUGGCAACACUGCACUUCACCGAUGCAUACUGGCACCACCCAACCCAGACUUUCAGGAGAACCUCAACGACACAGUGAAGGCCCUCCUGGCGCGUUCAAAGGCGGCCGCGGUCAACGCCCGAAAUCUGCGCGGCGAAACGGCGCUGCUGCUGGCGGUGCAACGCUGCGACGGAGGCGGCAGGGUGAAGGCCAUGAGGCAGUUGAUGAAAGCCAACGCGGACAGCAAUUUGGGCGACCUCCAGGACACCACGCCGUUAUUGGAAGCCGUUCGUCAGGGCGACGUCGAGGUCUGCCGUCUGCUGCUGGACCGUGGCGCUGACGCGACGAAACGCGGAGCGGAGGGGCUGAAUGCCGUGGAGUUGACGUGGCAAUUGCAACACCUCCAGCUGCGGGAACUCUUUCAAAGUCAAGGGCUCAACCCGCAGGACGCUGAGCAGAGUGGGAUCGGAGUUCAGUUGACCCUGCGCCACGCCUCCACCCAACUCAAGCGAGUGAUCACUGUGCCAGAAGAUACCUGCAUCAGAGAUAUCAAGAAGCUGCUGGUGAGGCUCACCAAACGUGGCUCCUGGCGUCGUUUGGCCCUUCUGUGCCCCUCCGGCCGCGCGCUGCGCGACGCGGACGCGCUGGGCGCGCGGCGAGAGCUGCUGGUGGCGGACGCCAAAACGGUGACGGAGCAGGAAGUGCCGGAGGAGGAACAAUGGCCACAUUGGAGUUUAGAAGAACUUCAAGCUGAAGCCAAACGUCGUGGGCUGCAAGUCUGUCAGAUCUCCCAUGAGCUGAUGCUUUUAUGUCUCCAACAGGCAAAGGUGUGGGACGGCGCCAACGCUGCAGAGCUCCGGGCAGAUUCGAUGAAGCGAGGCCUCCCUGAGAGCUGCGACCGACAGGAGGUGCUACAGAUGUUGAAGCAAGACUUGAGCUGGGAGCAUAUGGGUGAGGAUGAACUCAGGGAAGAGUGCCAGCGACAGCAGGUGGCCCUGCCCGAGGAGCGGCAGGAGACGGCCUUGCUGCUGCGCGCCAUGCGAUCUAGGCUUCGCCAGGCACUGCGAUGGCAACAUUUGGACACAGAGCAGCUGCGGAAAGCGUGUGAGCUGAGGCAUUUCAACACUACAGGUCAAGGCCGCAACGAACUCUUGGAACAGCUCAGGUCUUUCAAGGUGAUGCCUCAGCCCAAAGCCAGUCCUAAAGUGGAGCCAAGGAGAGCCUCCGCCAAGUCAAGCGGCUCCCGUGGCAUGGGGCCGGCGACGGCCCGCGAGGAGAAGAGUGCAGAGCCGGGCGAGGUGCCGGAGGACGGCGGGGAUUCAUACCCGAGCUGGAUGAGUGAACGAGUACGAAAAGUUUGCGCCAAGUAUCCCAAUUUCUCGGGGAAGUUCGUGCAAGAGAUGGAAGAGUGGUCUUUGCAGGAUGUGGAGAUGUACCUCUAUUCCAAUGGUUUCUUGCGCCCAAAGAAAGCUACGGCCCGUCGUGUGCGGCCACCGCGCGCAGUGCUGCGGGCGCAUUAUCAGCUGCUGGGAUUGGAGGAAGGCGCCAACGCAAGCGAGAUCCGCAAAGCCUACCGGCGCUUGGCGCUGAUCUACCACCCGGACAAGAACCCCGAAGAUCCCGAUGCCGCGGCGGAAACGUUUCGUCGCCUGGCGGAAGCCUACGAAGUCUUAGCUGCGAAUCUUACUGAAGAGGACGUAGCAGGCUGAGGACGAAAAGCAA